ACUUCCUAAUUCGCUAUGGCCCCUAUGGGUAUCCGUCUCUCCCCGCUGGGAAUCGGAGUGUUCUGCUUGCUGGGGCUGGGAGUGCUGUACCAUGUAUACUCGGGCUUCCUCACCGGCAAGUUCUCAGCCUUCCUCCUGGGGGACAGAGCGGAGGAUCCCGGGCCCGGGGAGGACACAGUGGAUCUAAGGGAGCUGCUGGCUGUGUCGGUGCGGGCUGCGGAGCUUGGGGGGCUGGAGGUGAAGAAGGUCCGGGAAAGUAACUCGCUCAAUGAGAAGGCAAAGGGCAAAACCAUGGAGGGGGCGGACGACAAGAUGACCAGUGGGGAUGUGCUGUCCAAUAAGAAAAUGUAUCACCUCAUCAAAAAUGCCUUCCCGGCCCUGAAGGUGAACACUGAGGAAAAAGUUGAAGCAGAUGAUGAAGAUGCGGUCUCUUGGGAUCGUAAUAUUCCUGAUGAUAUAAAGGAGCAAAUAAAGACAAAACAUGUUGCAUCUGAAAGCAUUACAAUGUGGAUAGACCCACUAGAUGCAACACAGGAGUAUACAGAAAAUCUGGUAAACUAUGUGACUACCAUGGUAUGUGUCGCUGUAAAUGGCAAACCUGUUAUUGGCGUAAUCCAUAAACCUUUUACAGGUUUUACUGCAUGGGCCAUGUUGGAUGGAGGUUCAAGUAUAAAGAAACGAAAUUCAUACAAUGAGAAAACUCCCACUUUUAUUGUGUCACGUUCUCAUUCGGGAGAAGUGAAAGAGGUCACCCGGCAAACAUUUGGUAACAAGACAGAAAUCAUAUCAGCAGGAGGAGCAGGUUACAAGGUUCUUUCACUGCUGGAUGUGACUGAUGAUAAGCAAGAAACUGCUGAUGUGUAUAUUCACGUCACCUACAUUAAGAAGUGGGACAUUUGUGCUGGCAAUGCAAUCCUAAAUGCACUUGGAGGUCAAAUGACUACUCUUAAAGGAGAAGAAAUUAUGUACACAGGAUCAGAACUGAAUAAAGGGGGGCUGCUAGCCAGCAUUGGAAUGGACCACGGUGUGCUUGUUGAAAAAUUAUCUGAAAAAUUACAAGUUAAUGCUAAGAAACCAGCCAAGUAAAGGAUAACUGAAAUAAAUUCCUACAUUGUGCGUUAUGACUUUGGCUUGAUGUGUUAACUAGAAUACGCGAGGCCAGCAUGUGAAAGACAGGGAAUUGCAGUGCUGCUCUAAUAUGGCAGUGAAGGACUAUGGGCUCCAGGAGUUUUCCUUCUGUAUGCUUCAGUGCAAGGUGCAAUAUACUGCAAGUACCCCAACUGUCUUAUUUGGACUUCAAAGACAUUGUUGGCUUUGGAUAUGGACGGUGCAUUUCAUGAACAUGUAAAUCUGUAAAGUCUGAUUUCAAGCAGAAUAUGAAUAGAAGUUUAAUUUUGCCUAAUUAAAGUUGCGUCAAUAGACGGCCUUUAUUCUUUUUUUUUUAAUUCCAAUUUCUCAUUAGCCUGAUUAACAAAAACAAUCAUUGUGCCUUGUUGCUGACUUAAAAGUAUAGACAUCUUGCGACUUAAACCUAUCCUGAUGAAUACAAUGUUUUAUUCAUUGUAGUGUUUUUGUCUAGAGCUUGAAUAAUGGGUUUUUUUCUGUUCAAGUAGCAGCCACGUCUGUAUUGUAUAGAGAAAUACUGCAAAGUCAUUACUAAUUAAUAAUGCAUAUUCUAUCACAUAGGAAUUCAUUGUUUCACCAGGACUGUGUGUACAUCUCAUUGUAGGCGCACUGCUUCCCUACACUCCCUUAACUGUGUGUUUUCUCUUUGGGUUUUAACUGCAAAUGGAACCUAUUCAAUUUUGGAGGCAUUCUAGAUGUUAAUAAGAUAAUAAAUCACUGUCAUUUUGA